AUGGCUUCAGGACUCAAGUCAGUCCUUAUAACCGGCUGCUCUGCCGGUGGAAUUGGCGGAGGGUUGGCCGAAGCCUUCCACGAACACGGAUAUCACGUCUUCGCGACAGCACGUACACCAUCAAAGAUCUCGCAAUCUCUCGCCAAAGCACCGAAUGUCACCGUUAUGACUCUUGACGUAUUGUCUUCCGAAUCGAUCGCGGCGGCUGUUGAGAGCGCCACAAGAGUCACCGGUGGCAAGCUCGAUGUCCUUGUCAAUAACAGCGGAAGUCUAAUGAUCAUGCCAGCUCUGGAUACGUCAAUUGAAGAGGGCAAGAGACUUUUCGACACCAACUAUUGGGCAGUCCUCGCCAUGAUUCAGGCUUUCGCCCCGCUAUUGAUCAAAGCAAAAGGCUAUGUCGUGAACAAUACAUCUGUUAGCGGGCUAGUUCCUUUUGGAGCCUUUGCAAGUAUCUACAACAGCUCAAAGGCCGCUGCUAUCCUCGGGAGCGAAACAUGGCGUCUCGAGCUCGCGCCUCUCGGGGUUCGGACCCUAACUCUUGUGACGGCCGCUGUCAAAUCCAACGUCUUCACCAACAUGACACCGAUAAAAAUACCCGAGAACUCAUACUACGACGGGAUCCGAGACUACAUUCAAGGAAGAAGCGACGGCAAAGUGCAAGAAAAUGGCAUCACGGCGAAACAGUUUGGUGUCAAAGUUGUCCGACAGGUCGAAAAGGGUAGGACAGGAAAGUACUGGGUUGGGGGAGGUGCACUGUCUGCUCGCUACGCUUUAUGGCUGUUGCCAGAAUCUAUGAUGGACGCGCUGUUAGCCUCCCUCUUCCCCUUCGCCAAGAUGCUAUUGGCCCAAUCUAGAAGUAAAGCGUGA